AUGGCCAAAAGAAAAGCUGAAACCGAGUCCAAAUCGGUUAAGAAACCCACCAAGACGCAGCCCGAAGUUCUGUACACUUUGUGUGUUCCGUCGACGGUUAUUUCGCUGUCCAAUGCGAAGAACUUGGAGCAGAUAACUUCCAUUGCCUACCAAAUUGCGAGAACUGCGACCAUAUAUAAUGUAGGAGAAAUUGUAGUGUUAGAUGUGCCUAGCUUGGCCCAAAGAGAGGCAAUUUUGGAAAAGGAAUCCAAGGUUGUGGUGCUUGGAAGUACCGACAAGGGUGGAAAGAAAAUUAAGUUCAACGAUGACAUGGCAGAUGUCGUCGGUAAGCCUACUCCCAAGGAAGAAGACAUUGAAGACAUAGAGCCAGAACAAGACAUGCCUGCAGGCAGCAGCAUAACCAAAGACAUUCCCAACGAAAACAGUGCCAUGUUGGUUGCGACUCUCUUGCAGUAUUUCAUCACUCCACCUUACCUUGCGAACAGCUUGUUUGCCUCAUCUGAAUUCAAGAACAAGUUGAAAUAUGCAAAGAACUUGCCCAAGAUAAGCACACUCCCAUUCAUGAGUAACAACGAUGUAUGGAAGAACUAUAGAGAGGGAUUAACCAUCCCCAAGCACACCCCUAAAGUAGUUACCAAGAGUAAGAAGAAAAUAUCGCCAAAGAACAAGUUGAGCACUACCAAAUACGUCAACGUUGGUUUGGCUCAACCAUUGGAAAUCUCCACAGGAGAAGUGCCUGUCAACGUAAGAGUCACUGUUGACUUGAAAAACAAAACCAUUGUUUCACCAGCGGAAGCAUACGGUGUCAUUGGGAAUAAGUCAUCAUUCGGGUACCAUGUAAGAGUUAGUAAAAGUUUCACCUCGAUUUUCACCGAAAGUACAGUACCAGACGGAUAUUCCAGUUCUAUUUAUGUGAACUGUGACAACUAUUUUGGCAAGGAAACUGGCACUGAGUUAGCAGAAUUUGACAGAGGAAAUAUUCAUGUCAAGGGGGGAAAUGUGUUACUUAUAUUAGGAAACUGGCUCGACAUCGAGUACAGUUUCUCGCGAGAAAAGGGUAACUUGGAAGGUGUAGAGAGCGCAGAUCAAAUGUUUGAUGGCGAGUUAAAGGUGCCUGAUGGAGUUAAGAUAGAGGAUGCUGCAUUGAUAAGUUUGACCAAGGUGUACGACAGUAAAUAG